UCUCCUGUGCGCAGUGCUCCGGCCCGGCCGCUCCUUCCUUCCUCCCUCAUUUCCUCCACCACAGCUGUAUCUCUCUUCCUCUCUCGGAUGCUGGCUUUGCCUUCCUCUUCUUCUUCUCUCUUCUUCUUCUUUCCUCUCACGCCACCGAGCUGGACCAAAUACUCCGGAGAAGGGGUGGAAAUGACCGACUACCUGUUUUGCAUGGUCUGAAUUUCGGGAAAUUCGCACGUCGGAAAGGAGGGGAGUCAAGAGGGAGAAAAAAGGAGGCUCUCCAUCCCCCGAGGGAAUUUAUUUUACAGAGGAAUGCCAGUGCCUGAGGUGGCGUCUGACACUGCCAGAGCUGCCACCAUGUUGAGCCCCGUCCUCAAUGCCUCCAACGGAGACGGCUCCGAGUCUGAAACCACCUCCGCCAUCCUCGCCUCCGUCAAAGAACAGGAGUUGCAGUUUGAACGUCUGACCAGGGAGCUGGAAGCCGAACGACAGAUUGUUGCCAGUCAGCUGGAGAGAUGCAAGCUUGGCUCUGAGACCGGAAGCAUGACUAGCAUCAGUUCAGCAGAUGAGAAGUUUCGCUGGAACAACCAAGAUGGACAGAAGGACAUAGAGGAGGAGCUGACAACAGGCCUGGAGCUGGUGGACUCCUGCAUCCGGUCGCUCCAGGAGUCGGGCAUCUUGGACUCACAGGACACUUCUACAGGAGACAGACAAGGACUGCUGUCCCAAAGCGCUUUGCAGCUCAACAACCAGGAUGCCUAUGCGGCUGCUGGUUACCAUAGCAACCAGGGGCUGGCGCUUGGCGAGUCAGUCUCGGGUCGUAGCGGAGGGGCAGUUCACAGCUACAACCAGGUGACCUCCAGCCGUGCAGCUGCCCAGUUAGCCGCCACAGACUCUCCCUCCCAGUCCCAGAGAGACUCAUUUGCCCAGCAGGCCCUUAGCAGCGCCUUCCACAUGCCCACCGAGGGCGGAUCUGUGCCCGCUGGACCAUCCAUGUAUUACUCCUGUGCCACUUUGCCUGCGCAGCGUGUGAGCUCCCCUCUGCAGGCAGUGGGAUCCCCUACCAAGCUGCAGCGCCUGGGAUCAGCCUCUGCCGACAUGCCCAGCUACGCCACGCUACAGAGGGUGUCCUCGCCCAAACAGUCACCCAGCCGACUCGCCAAGUCCUACAGCACCUCAUCACCCAUCAACAUGGUAGCAUCGGGUGCGGCCGGUUCCUCCUCCCCGCUCCCUAUGGCAGCCUCCCCAGGGGGAAACCACACCUCAUCACCCAUCCACCAGCUCAGCUCGGCGGUGGGAAGCUACGCCACCCUGUCACCCACCAAGCGCAUGCUGCAUCACAUCGGAGCGGACAGCUACAAGAUUUCUCAUGAGCUGUACGCCAACGCAACCCUGCAAAGGCCUGGUAGCCUGGCAGGCUCCAGAGGUUCCUACAGCAGCCAGCACAGUCACCUGGGCUCUGAACUGCGACCCCUGCAGUCUCCUGAGCACCACAUCGACCCCAUCUACGAAGACAGAGUCUACACCAAGCCCAACCUUAGAGGACAAGCCCCGCCUUCCCCCGGUGUCGACCCAAUCCCCUUGCAGCGAACGGGAAGCCAGAGUGCCACCGCCACCUUUCAGAGAGGCAGCUUCGCCACAGGGGGCGGAGCGGCCGACUACGCCAACCCAUACCGCACUCUGCAGUUCUGCCCGUCCACCGAGUCGCCUUACAGCAAGUCAGGCCCAGCACUCCCACCUGAAGCCGCCCUGGGCCGGUCUCCAUCAGUUGACAGCAUCCAGAAGGACCCAAGGUACGACCCCGAAUUCCUUGUGUGGAAUCAAAAUCAAGCCGAGCAAAGAAUGACAAAGGAGUUUGGCUGGAGGGAUCCAGAGCUGCCAGAGGUGAUCCAGAUGUUGCAGCAUCAGUUCCCAUCAGUCCAGUCCAACGCUGCUGCCUACCUCCAGCACCUCUGCUUCGGAGACAACAAGAUCAAAUCCGAGAUCCGGCGGCAGGGUGGGAUCCAGCUGCUGGUGGACCUGUUGGACCACCGGAUGACCGACGUUCACCGCAGCGCCUGCGGAGCUCUGAGGAACCUCGUGUACGGCAAAGCCAACGAUGACAACAAGAUCGCCCUGAAGAACUGCGGAGGAAUACCGGCUCUGGUCCGACUGCUCAGGAAGACCACAGACGUGGAGAUCCGGGAGCUGCUCACAGGUGUUUUGUGGAACCUGUCAUCAUGCGACGCCCUGAAGAUGCCCAUCAUCCAGGACGCUCUGGCCGUGCUGACCAACGCUGUGAUCAUCCCACACUCGGGCUGGGACACCUCGCCUCAUACGCAGGAGGAUCGCAAGCUGCACCUACACUCCUCCCAAGUCCUCCGCAACGCCACAGGCUGCCUCCGAAACGUGAGUUCUGCAGGCGAGGAAGCUCGGAGGAGGAUGAGGGAGUGUGAGGGCCUGACGGACGCUCUGCUCUACGUCAUCCAGACCGCUCUGGGGAGCAGCGAGAUUGACAGCAAGACUGUAGAGAACUGUGUGUGCAUCCUGAGGAACUUGUCGUACCGUCUGGCUGCAGAGACGUCUCACAGCCAGCAGGGGGGGUCGGAGGAGUUGGACGGUUUGCUUUGUGACACCGGCGGGAAGGAUGCAGAGAGCUCUGGAUGUUGGGGCAAGAAGAAGAAGAAAAAGAAGGGGCACGACCAGUGGGACGGCGUCGGCCCAUUUCCAGACUUGGCGGAGCCCCCGAAAGGCAUCCAGAUGUUGUGGCACCCCACCAUCGUCAAGCCCUACCUCACACUGCUGUCUGAGUGCUCCAACCCAGACACCCUGGAGGGAGCAGCUGGGGCUCUGCAGAACCUGGCUGCUGGCAGCUGGAAGUGGUCCGUCUAUAUCCGAGCUGCAGUGCGUAAAGAGAAGGGUCUCCCCAUCCUGGUGGAGCUGCUGAGGAUAGACAACGACCGGGUGGUUUGUGCCGUGGCUACUGCGCUCAGAAACAUGGCUCUGGACAUCAGGAACAAGGAGCUCAUUGGUAAAUACGCCAUGAGGGACCUGGUGCACCGUUUGCCCGGAGGCAGCAACAACAACAACAGCAGCGGCGGCGGGGGAGGCGGAGGCGGGGGAGGCGCCAACAGCAGCGGGCUGGUGGGGAAGACCAUGUCGGACGACACCAUCACGGCUAUCUGCUGCGCGCUGCAUGAGGUCAUCACCAAGAACAUGGAGAACACCAAAGCCCUGAGGGACGCCGGCGGCAUCGAGAAGCUCAUCGGCAUCGCCCGCAGCAAGGGAGACAAACAUAGUCCUAAAGUGGUGAAAGCAGCAUCUCAAGUCCUGAACAGCAUGUGGCAAUACAGAGACCUACGCAGCCUCUACAAAAAGGACGGUUAUUCUCAGUACCAUUUUGUCGGCUCCUCCUCCACGAUAGAGAGAGACAGACAGCGACCUUAUUCUUCCUCUCGCACUCCGUCCAUCUCUCCCGUACGAACCUCGCCCAACAAUCGAUCAGCGAGCGCUCCUGCGUCCCCCAGAGAGAUGAUGGCGUUGAAAGAGAGGAAGGCAGACUACGAGUCGACUGGCAAUGCCAGUUACCAUGGCAGCAAGGGCGAGCACACAUCCCGGAAGGACGCCAUGAUAGGUCAGAUCUCCGGUGGGUCUUCAACACUACACAGAGGAGCGUAUGUGUCCCCUACUGAUGACCUGAAAUAUAACCAGGUUUCUUCUCAAGGUUUGCUCAGAGCCCUACCCCCUUUCCAGAACCCACCUCCACCCGACAGCGGCCCCUACGAGGAUCAGGCCUUCUACGAGAACCAGGUUCACGCGGGAGGGCGCCCCCCGCAGGGUGACCUCAACAUGCACCUGCAGGGCCUCAAGUCCACCGGCAACUAUGUAGACUUCUACUCAGCCUCGCGGCCCUACAGCGAGCUCAACUACGAGACCAGCCACUAUCCAGCCUCACCAGACUCCUGGGUCUAAGGGGAGAUGAGGCUGGAGGAGGAGGAGGAGGAGGAGAGGAUGGACGAAGGAAAAUAGGACAAUGAAGGGGGUUGUAGUUUAAAAGUGGAAUUAGUGAAGAAGAGAGAACAGUUUCACUCCCUCCUCAUCCUCCCCUGUAGUUCCUGAGUAGCAUCAUAGAUAGCAGGACGGAAACGAGGAGGAAACGUGAAAGACAUUGGACUCUAUUCAGACAGAGGAGGGAGAGGGGACGGAGGAGGACCAGAAGCAGACGGAGGAGCAUGUGCAUGCACACCACCAACCAAACUGACCGACACAUUUUCUUUCUGUGUUUAGUUUGUGAUCAACAACUGGUAGAGAAGGUUCAGCAGACAGAAAGACCUCCAGCCCCCACGAAGGCUUCUUACGGAUACGGAACGUAAACGAUACGCAGAGAGAGUCGGGACGUGAAGGAAAAGCGUGAAAGCAAAAAGUCAGGAAACGUGUAGAGACGAAGAAGGACGAUGAAGGAGACAAACGAAUGCGUGGAUCUGAGGAAUGUGUCAAAGAUACGCGGGAGAAACCUGUAAAUAUGUGGUAUAGCAACAUGGCUUUUAGUAACGUGAAGCACAAGAAGCAGAGCUGUAGGACAUGUAGGACGCGUGUCACACAAACUUUCCAUUCUCUCGAUGGCUUCAGAGCGACGUAUCCUCCUCCGGGCGAAGAGUGCUUCUGGACUUGUGGUCAUUUGUAACGGUUCUUUAUUUUCGUUCGUUUCUUUUUCUUUUGUUGUGUUUCUACUUUUUUAAUUCUGGUUGUAUAGUAUUUGAUGUACACUGUACAUUCGCGGAGAAGCAUCGUGUACUGUACAUUGCACUAUUUUCUGUGUCAUGUCAGGCCUUUUCGCCACUGGGUCAGCCUCACUCCCUCACUAACUGCCCCCUCUUCUGAACACACAACAACUGCACUCUGACUUUCAAAACUCAUGAUGUGGACAUGUGAUGUGAAACACUGGAUGUGAACUGCUGGGUCACGGUGCUCCUUUCACUGCCCUAGAGACAGCAGACAAGUCUUUUCCCGCUCAUGUUUGAGGCUAGCUUUGGUGUUUUGGUGGCCAUCUUUCCACUUUAACACCACAAAUUCCCUCGGCUUAUUUUUUUCAUUCCCACGAGCCCUUCCUUCGAGUGACCUGUGCUCAUUGUGUAUAUAACCGUGCCAAACAAAGGGUUUCUUUCCCUCAGCUGCAGAGGGAUGUUGAGGGUGCGUUUAAGGGUCCAAGUUGAGCUGAAGGUUUUCAGCUGAACAUCCUUGGUUCUAUCGAUGCCAGUUUGUAAAUGCUUUGGUUUUUCUAAACUGUGUUUUACUGGGAUGAAAACUGUCUUAACUGCACCAAGACUCGGGAGAAAAAUUUUAAAAAAAGAACAAAAAAAAACAAACAAGAAAACCCAUGGAGGGACUGUGACCGGGCGGAGCCUCACUUCCUCCAAAGUUGUACAAAAUUAGUUGAUUUCUGUGUUGUAAAAUAAUCAAUGUUUGAAGUACAAAAAAAAGAAAACUUUUCUGAGAGAUGGGUGGCGAUUCUAACUUCAUGGUAGGCAAAACUGUUAAUAGAGUACGGAUAUAUAUUAUAUAAAUAUAAAUAUAUACUUUUUAUGUGCAGAUGUGGAUGUCACUUAUAGCAGCAACAUUAUGGAAAAAGACUUGUAAAAAAAAAAACAGCUACAUGUAGGAAUUUUGUUCACAUUUUCUUUUUCUGGUCAACACACAAAAUUGUCGACUUUGUGUAGUAAUGUUGUUGCUAUGUGGAGUAGAGUAGACCAGGGCCCAGGGAUCCACGUUGUCACUGCAGCAGUCCAAAAAGGUGCUACAUCUGUGAGAAGUAUUUCCAACAUGUUUGUAUUUUACCUGUGCACAAAAGCGUUCGCCCACCAAACCCUUCCACCUCUGCCGAAAAUCACAUUUCUGUAUUUGCAAUCACACGAUAAAGAAAAAGUGUGUUUCCAGUGCAUGACCCAUCUCGUCCUUCUAUAAAUUGGUCUCACUAUGCUAAAAAAAAAGCUAAAACUAGCGCCCAUGAAUGCAUGAGUAUUUUGUCGUCAAUCUGAAAUCAAGUUUUUUUUUUCUUUUCUAAGCGAGAAAGGUUAAUUUGUAAAAGGUGACAACAGACCCUGGUUCUCCCUACCCACUGCUGUUUAGAAGUCCUAGAGGUCAUCUUCCGAUGCUUGGAAAACAACUCAUGAUGCAACUGUCCCCGCUCUCCCUCCACAAAACCACACUGAAUGGAAAACCGACGUACUGUAUUUGUUAGUAAGCAUCUGGAAACUGACAACGUUAUGUAUGUCUUUGUGAUCCUUAGGCAGAAAUACCUGAUUAUAAGACCUGUAUGGAGAUAUAACGUCGGUGACCUUUUUGUUGCUAGACCAAACGUGUUUUGAAAAAAGAAUUGUGAAUCUUUCUAUUGCCUCAAACAGAUUGCAACUGCUCCAAAAAAUAUAAACGGACCAUCGAAGAA